GGAAGUGUGGAAUCACGUUAUGAUACAAUCUACUUAGCUAAUCGAGUCCACCUAACUUGUGAUUGGAUAUGAAUGCGGGGCUAUCUCAGCACAACUCUGGUAGGGCAGAAGAUUUGGCCACCUGAGACUAUAAUUAAAUUUCCUACAUCUUUUCGCCUUGUGGCGGCUAACAGACUUCGGAGACGAAGACGCUGUACCUGUAUGUCUCACCUUUAUCCCCUCCACCUUCGUCUUGGUGGUUCCCUUCUCUGCAGUCGUGAUGGAGUCCUCUCUGUGGCUGCUUCUUUCUCUCGGUGUCUCCGUCCUUUUUCUUCUUCUUCUUCUUUCUAGAGCCACAAAGAGGUCAUCGAAGUCCGGCGGUCACCAGCUUCCACCUGGGCCGACUCCACUUCCAGUUGUCGGCAACCUGUUCGAGCUCGGAGACAAACCCCACCGUUCCCUCGCCCGCCUCGCCAAGCUCUAUUCCCCAGUCAUGACCCUCCGCCUCGGUCAAGUGACCACCGUGUUCGUCUCCUCCCCGGAAAUGGCAGGAGAAAUCCUGCAGAAGAACGAUGCAGUGUUCUCCAGUCGCUGGAUCCCAGAAGCUGUUCGCGUGUUGGCCCACAGCGAGGCCUCCAUGGCGUGGCUUCCGCCGUGCCAACGAUGGCGGAACCUACGUAGAAUCUGUAAAACCCAGCUCUUUACUGCAGAAAGACUCGACAGCUACCAGUCCCUUCGGCGCGAAAAGGUACAGGAACUGAUGCAGUACAUCUCUGACAGCAGCACGUCCAAGGGCUUGCUGGUUCACGUCGGGCGCGUGGCGUUCAGCACCACGCUGAAUUUAAUUUCUCGCACCGUCUUCUCCGUGGAUCUCGUCGAUCUCUACGCUGAGUCCGCGCAAGAAUUCAAGCAAGUGGUGGAGGGGAUCACGGAGGAAGCUGGGCGGGCGAACCUGUCCGAUUACUUCCCACUGCUCGCAAAGCUCGACCCGCAGGGCAUUCGUCGCCGUUCCACCAAAUACUUCAAGAGGCUGCAUGACAUCUUCGAUGAGCAAAUAGAUCGGCGGCUACACAGGGAACGAGAUGGAACCACCGCCCGCAAUGAUUUCCUGGAUGAGCUCCUCGAACACCAAGUGCAGGGAGACGGCACCAAGUUCGAUCGACAAGCACUGAAAUCUUUAUUUUCGGACAUAUUUGUGGCGGGGAGCGACACGAGCUCGAGAACCGUGGAAUGGGCUAUGGCGGAGCUGCUUCGUAAUCCCCGGACCAUGGCGAAAGUGCGUGAGGAGAUCGGCCGAGUUAUCGGCUUCGCAAGAGCAGUGGAGGAAGCGGACAUCGGUUCACUACCCUACCUGCAAGCCACGGUCAAGGAGACGAUGCGUCUGCACCCACCGGUGCCACUUCUGCUGCCUCGCUUAGCAGAAGCCACCGUGGAGCUGCACGGCUACGAGAUACCGGAGGGCACGCGGGUGCUCAUCAAUGUCUGGGCGAUCGGGCGAGACAGCAGCGCGUGGACGGAGCCGGAGGAGUUCUUGCCGGAGAGGUUCUUGAACAGCGAGGUGGACUUCAGGGGCCGCGACUUGGAGCUCAUACCGUUCGGAGCGGGACGCCGGAUCUGCCCCGGACUGCCAUUGGCGUACCGGAUGGUGCACCUCAUGCUGGCGUCCAUGCUGCAGAGGUUCGAGUGGAGGCUGCCGGAAGGGGUAGAGCCAGGGGAUUUGGACAUGGAGGAGAAGUUGGGACUCACCUUGAUCAUGGCUUCUCCGCUCAAAGCUAUGGCCGUUCCCACUAAAUGCUGUUAGACUAGGAUUCAUCUUGUCAAGUUAAUCUUCCACCGUGAGCUCUGCCAAAGCAAGAAGAUGCCGCUUACGAACAAAUUUCAAGUGAAUUGGCUUUCAUGUUCAUGUUAGCAUUUGCGUCCAAGUUAAAGUUAUGAUUGGAAAUAGGGUUUCCAUAAAAGUUGAACCUAGAAAAGAUUUGAGGCCAUCAUUUGUGUUCUCUAUCUAUUCUACUAGGAUCUAUAGCUGGCCCAACUGAUGCAUCGAUGUUGGAUCCACAAAAAGAGGAUCACGUGAUUGGAUAUAACUUUUUAAUGUUGGCUUUAUAUUUUAUCCCGGACAUAUCCCACUGCAAGUCUCAUGCAUCCA